AUGCUAGGUUGCAGAACGGCAACAAGACCACUUACCAUCGCAACCCGUCUCCUUCAUUCUUCCUCGCGUCGUUUUAGCGAACCCUUUAAUCCCGCUGCCAUCGAGCGAGCUGAAGAUGAGGUCGACGUUUGUAUUGUCGGUGGUGGACCCGCAGGGAUCAGUGCCGCCAUACGUCUGAAACAACUAGAACGGGAAAAAGGCAACGAAAUUCGCGUCGUUGUGUUGGAAAAGGGGUCUGAAGUCGGCUCGCACAUUGUCUCUGGUGCUGUAAUUGAGCCUCGUGCCCUCAACGAGCUUCUCCCCGACUGGGCCUCCACCAAAACACACCCGCUAACUCAGCCAGCUGUAUCCUCCAGUAUGCUAUUCCUCACCAAAACUCUAGCCGUUCCCAUCCCCCAUCCCCCACAAAUGAAUAAUAAAGGUAAUUAUGUUGUUUCUCUCUCGCAGUUCACCCGAUGGCUUGCUGGGAUUGCGGAGAAUGAAUAUGGCGUCGAAAUCUACCCCGGCUUUGCAGGAGCUCAGCUUCUCCUCAGUGACUCCCCAGACUCUACGGACCCAUGGGGAAACUUUGCUCACAGCGUUCGCGGCGUCGUCACCAACGAGGUCGGCCUCACCAAAGACUUCCGCAUGAAACCUUCCUUUGAACCUGGCAUGGCGUUCAGGGCCAAGGUCACUCUCCUUGCCGAAGGUGCUCACGGCUCCUUGUCGAAACAAGCAAUCAGCAUGUACAAUCUGCGCAAGGAAUCUCAGCCACAAACGUACGGUAUCGGGCUCAAGGAGGUUUGGCGCGUCGAUCCAGAAAAGCACGAUCCGGGCAAGGUCAUACAUACCAUGGGCUGGCCGCUCACAAACAGCACGUACGGCGGAGGCUUUGUCUAUCACAUGGACGGGGGUCUCGUUAGCCUGGGUAUAGUCAUCGGUCUGGACUACAAGAAUCCCUAUCUAAGCCCAUACCGCGAACUACAACGCAUGAAACACCACCCCUACUUCCGCAAACUGCUCUCUACAACUGGUACCACACCCGUGGAACGUCUCUCGUACGCUGGAAGGGUAUUGACUGAGGGCGGGCUCCAAUCCAUACCAAAACUCAAUUUCCCAGGAGGUGCACUGAUUGGAUGCUCGGCGGGCUUUGUGAACGUUGCCAAGAUCAAAGGGACGCACAAUGCCAUGAAGAGCGGGAUGUUAGCAGCUGAAACUGCUUGGGAAGCUAUUCAAGCAGACCACCAAGGGAAGGUGGCAGAUAUGUCAAGCUACGACACCGCUUUGCAUAACUCUUGGGUGCAAAAGGACUUGCACGAAGUGCGCAACCUUCGUCCAUCUUUUAACACUGUGUUAGGAAUGUGGGGUGGUAUCGCGUACUCGGGGGUUGAUUCCCUUUUUUUGAAGGGACGCGUACCUUGGACAUUCAAGCACACAUCAAAACAAUCAGAGAAGUCUUUGAAUGCCUCUCUGGACGCUUCUCACACUGAAUCAGCCCAGCAACAUCAACCUAUUGAAUAUCCACCUUUUGAAGAACCGCUAUCCUUUGACCUAAUGACGAGCGUUUCGCUCACAGGCACAAAUCACACCGAGGACCAACCCGUCCAUCUGCGCGAAGAAAGGCGAAGACGGCAUGUCUCGGCAAACGUAGCAAACUUCGCAGGACUUCUUGGACGGGCCUGCCCCGCUGGAGUUUAUGAGUAUGUGGACGUCGAGGAUGGAGCAGAAUCUGCUGCUCAAAAAGCGGGGAAGAAGUUGGUCAUCAAUUCCCAGAAUUGUAUUCACUGUAAAUUAUGCGACGUGAAGGUGCCCACACAGGAUAUUACAUGGACUGUACCUGAGGGAGGAGGAGGACCAAAGUAUAGUGAGUAA